CUCCUCAGCUCGGGUCGGGCCUGCGCUGCUGCAGGGAGGCCGCCCGGGCCCGGCGAGCCGAACCAAUGCUGGACCUGGAGGUGGUGCCGGAACGCUCUCUAGGGAACGAGCAAUGGGAAUUCACGCUGGGAAUGCCUCUGGCUCAGGCAGUAGCCAUUCUUCAGAAGCACUGUCGUAUCAUCAAAAAUGUCCAGGUUCUCUACAGUGAGCAGUCUCCUCUAAGCCAUGACCUCAUCCUUAACCUGACUCAGGACGGGAUCAAACUGCUGUUUGAUGCUUUCAAUCAGAGACUUAAGGUGAUUGAAGUAUAUGACUUGACUAAAGUAAAGUUAAAAUAUUGUGGAGUGCAUUUUAACUCUCAGGCUAUAGCUCCUACCAUUGAGCAGAUUGACCAGUCUUUCGGCGCAACCCAUCCUGGUGUGUACAACUCUGCUGAGCAGCUCUUCCAUCUCAACUUCAGAGGACUGUCUUUCUCUUUUCAGUUAGACUCAUGGACCGAGGCUCCCAAGUAUGAGCCCAAUUUUGCCCAUGGCCUAGCUUCUCUCCAGAUACCACACGGAGCAACUGUAAAACGAAUGUACAUCUACAGUGGAAACAGCCUACAGGAUACCAAGGCUCCUGUGAUGCCCCUGAGCUGUUUCCUGGGCAAUGUGUAUGCUGAGAGUGUAGAUGUUCUUCGAGAUGGAACUGGACCCUCAGGUUUGCGACUUCGCCUACUUGCUGCAGGUUGUGGACCCGGCCUGUUAGCCGAUGCCAAGAUGCGGGUAUUUGAGCGUUCAGUGUAUUUUGGUGAUUCUUGCCAAGACGUUCUUAGCAUGCUUGGCUCUCCACACAAGGUCUUCUAUAAGUCAGAAGAUAAGAUGAAAAUUCAUUCUCCUUCCCCUCAUAAGCAAGUUCCAUCCAAGUGCAAUGACUACUUCUUUAACUAUUUCACUCUUGGGGUGGAUAUCCUCUUUGAUGCGAAUACACACAAAGUGAAGAAGUUUGUCCUACACACCAAUUACCCUGGGCAUUACAAUUUUAACAUUUACCAUCGUUGUGAGUUCAAGAUCCCACUAGCCAUAAAGAAAGAAAAUGCAGAUGGUCAGUCAGAAACAUGCACAACCUACAGCAAGUGGGACAACAUCCAGGAGCUCCUGGGCCACCCUGUGGAAAAGCCUGUUGUCUUACACAGGUCCUCCUCCCCUAACAACACCAACCCAUUUGGCUCCACAUUCUGCUUUGGUCUUCAGCGGAUGAUCUUUGAGGUCAUGCAGAACAACCACAUUGCCUCGGUGACCCUGUAUGGCCCCCCCAGGCCUGGUGCCCACCUGAGAACAGCAGAGCUCCCCUAGGGACGUCCUCACCCAUGCCCUUCUGCCCUAUGGAACUGUGCAUCACAUCCUGCUCAGCGGGCCUCCGUGUGCCACCCUGUGGGUUUUCUUGGACACCUUGCCAGUGUUGGUGGGCUGUUGUGAUAUUUGGAGGUGGGGCUCAGGCUGGUGCUCUGCUGUGUGUGAGGGGCCCAGAUAUUCCUCUGUCCGUCCUCAUCCUGCUGGUGCCAGCAGGGGACACAGAGUGCAAAGAGAAGCACAAACCUUGAGCCUUGAUACCUGGACCCAGGCACUCUCGACUAACAUGUAAGGAGGCAGGACAUGUCAACCCUGUCCCACACAUAUUGGGAAAGCUUGGGCUCUUCGUGUGGCACCCAGGAUGAGCACAGGUCUUGCCUUUGGCCCCUUAAGGCAAGCAGGUAGCGUGUCCAUAGAACUUGGUUGCAACAUUUGCACUACAUCCACUUUAGUUACUUGAUGAGCGGCUGUGGCCAAGGUGGCCCACCUGCCCUUCCCUGUUCCUUCCUUGCACGCGCUCCCUGCCAGGCCCAGUAGACACACCCAACUGGUUGAAACAGCUUUCGACCAUCCAGGUGUUUGCUCAGGCCUGGUUCUACCCCUCUUGGAGCCAGCUUUCAAGGUCGCCUAUACCUGCCCGCCCUGCCCCAGCCUGGCUGCAGGGCUGCAUGUUUCCAUCCUAUUUGCCUAUUUUAUUUAAUGCCAAAGUUUUAGCCAAAGACAUCUUCCUCCUUUUGUUGUGUUUCAGCAUUCUGUUCUGCACUGUGGGCUGGCUCCCUGCCCUGACCCUGGGCACUGUCCCCUGGCCGGGCCUACUCAUGGCCCAGGGCCUUCUUGGGACUCAAGGAAGGCUGGGCUACUCAGUCUCUUCAUGGGUCUUGCUAAUGGAAAAUAGCAUAUAUGUGCUUUAAAAAAAAUUAAUCCUUUUGAAAAGAAUUGAGAAGAGAAAUGUAUAAUUUUAUCCCAUUUUUAAUAUUUUGGUCUAGCAACUUGUGAUACAUAGAUGACAAUUUUGUGAGUUUUUCAAAUGUGUGUACAGAUUUUUGUAAAUAUGACUUUUUUGUAAUUAACUCAUGUACAGCCUCAUCCUGUAUAGUUUAAUGAUGAAUGUGCAAGGGGACCUGCCCCAGGCUCCUCUAUAGUUCCUGGACCUACAGUCAGGCUUGUGUGGCGCUCUCAUGACUUUGUGACUGAUUGGUGUCUUCCCAUUUAGCCUGGCCGGAGACCCCUGCACAUCCCACUGUCAGGGGCAGCCAGGACUGUUCCUCUCCUCCAGGAAUGAGGGAAGGUUCCUCAUCCCCUGCCCGCAUCCCCUCUACAAUAAAAUUAUUCCCUCAGCAGCAGCCCGCUACAUGCUGGUGCUGGGAUAUUUGUACUAAAAUAAGGGGUGUUGAUCUUUUGAGGGUGGUUGAAGAUUAUGGGAAGAUUUACAAUGGAAGAAUCUUGGAAGAAGAGGUUGCUUGGCUCCUCUGAAGGGGACAGUAUAGCCUCCAGUAGGGGAACGGCGUAGUUGGGUGAAGUGUAAGAGGUGGGAAAAGCCUUUAGCUAGACCGUGUACCCAGUUGUCCUGUAUACGACUCCUUCUUCAGUGUUCAGCCAGAGUUGGGCCCAAGAAGGCUUAGCUGUAGGAAAGCAGACCUCACAGGACAAGAUCUCAACACCUGGAUGGGGCUGAAAAUCGAAUUUGAGGGGAUAGGUGGGAAGCAAAAUGUCUUCAAAUAAGUUGUGUCAGAAUGGCUGCCAGAUGCACUAAGGCUGAGGCCAGCACGUGCAUGUGCACACGUACGCGCGCACACACACAUAUCCUGUGGGCCUUAAGGAGGUCUGCAUGGUUGAGUCAUCCUAGGAUCCCAUGGGUCCACGCAAGCUCCACAUACCUGUUUGCUACUAAGAGAACCAAACAUGUCCACUACUUUGGGGCAUGUUGGACAAGAGACGGUCUACCACUUCAGCCCUUGCUGUCUCAAAGGGUCACCAUUAGACUGGUUCCAGACCAGCUCUGGAGAGGGUUAGACAUCUGGAGCCAAGCUCAACCUCCAUUCCCUUGGGCCCUGUAGAGGCAGAGGCCAGGUGAUCUGGAGAACCACACACACUGUAAUAAUCUGCCUGGGAAACCCCUUCACGCUUGCUUCCAUU